GUUGUAAAUACGAGAAUUUCCCCAAAAGAAGCGAAACUGUUGACUACACAAUUGAAGAAAUUAAAAAUUGGUUACGAGAAGACAAUAAUAUGAUCGCUUUACAUACAUCUGCGAAGUAUGGUUAUGAGUUUGUUUUCAAUGAAAUUUAUAAACAGCUGGGAUUGAAGGUGUAUGUUCCAGAUGAUAGAUGGAGAUUGUACAGUAAAUUGUCCAACGCGGUACCAGGCGUAACGAACGAUCAGACCAGGAUACAUAUAUGUAGAAAUUCAAAUGAAAAUAAACUUCAUACGAAAUGUAUUAAGAAUUGUGAGAAUAAGAAUUUUUUAUACAUUCAUUUUUCAGCUAUGAAAUGGAGUAAUUAUGAAAUUGACAGUAAAUGCAUUAAUAAAGUUAAUGCAAACAAGUUGGAUGUGUGCUUCGCUACGCAUUGUAGCAAAAGUGAAGUUUUAUACUUUAUAAACUAUUUUUCACCGAAAAAAGUCGUUGGUUUUCCCAUAAAAUAUGAUGAUAGUUCUGUAUUAAGAGAAUCUUGUAAUAUUUCUGUGGAAAGUAACCGCGAAACGAGAAAAAGGGAAUGUUCAUUCGACAGAAAAAGUAAGAGCCCUAAAUGUGUGAAGAGCAAAAAAGUCGACAAAAUGUUAUUAAGAAAAAUUUUUGAUGAUUGA